AAUUAAUAAGCAUUUUUUACAUGGAGUGGGCGAUUCAAAUAGAUGAGGAGCUCAAGAGCCAUGAUCCUUCAAUUGAGAAGGAACUUUGGGAUAGGCAUUGUAUCUACAAAGUACCCUCAUGUGUCAAGGAGCUGAACAAAAGGGCCUACACACCCAAAAUGGCGUCGUUUGGUCCUUACCACCACGGGGAGGAGCAUUUGAAGGCCAUGGAAGAGCACAAGCACCGUGCUCUCCUCUAUUUUCUGAAGAGGUGCCAAAAGCCCAUUGGGUCAGUUCUCCAACGCAUGGACCAAGUGGUGCAAGAGUUGAGAAAUUCGUACAAGCCACUUGAUCCAAUUUGGGUGGAGGACACGCCCAAGUUUUUGCAACUGAUGAUUCUUGAUGGUUGUUUCAUGUUGGAGAUUUUUAGAGUCAAUCACAACAUCAAUGACUAUGCCGAUAAUGAUCCUGUCUUUGGCAACAUUUAUGUCAGGUUAAAUUUAAAAUGUGACAUGUCCUUGCUUGAGAAUCAGCUGCCCAUGAAGGUUCUUCAUACACUAUUGGAGUUUGAGACUGGCCAAACCCAGGAAGAUGAGUGGUUGAACGAGAAAAUCGCCAGGUUCAUCUAUCCCUUGGCUUUUGGAAAAGAACCAAUCCCAUCAUUUGGUAAAUGCAUGCAUGUGCUGGAUAGUGUUUAUUAUGAUUUAUUAGUUGUAGAUGGAGCAGAGGGGGGAGAGAAUAUGGAUUCAUCCUAUGUUCCUUAUUUCAGUGAGACCGGACGACCGGUAGUAGAGCUGAGAGAAGCUGGAAUCUUAUUCGAGAAAAACCAAACAGGGAGUCUCAACGACAUUUACUUUGAUUCUCAUAGGGGGGUUCUUACUCUCCCAACCUUGCGGGUGGAUGACACCAUGGAGUCCAAACUGCUAAACCUCAUGGCAUUUGAGCGUCUUCACCCCGGUGCAGGAAACAAGAUAACCUCGUACGUGUACUUCAUGGACUUCAUCAUCGAUACUGAGAAGGACAUUGCAAUCCUCGAGCAAAAAGGGAUCCUGAUAAACAGGCUUGGGAGCGAUAAAGCUCUUGCAAGAAUGUUCAACUCGAUAUCCAAGGAAAUCAUCGUAGAUAGGGUGGAUUCUCGUGUAGUCUGGAUUCAUUUGGUGUUGGAGGAUAUCAGUGACUACUGCAAGAAACCAUGGAACAACUGGCGCGCUAAUCUUAUUCAGACUUACUUUAGGAAUCCUUGGGCUACCAUCUCUCUUGUUGUCGCCAUCUUCCUUUUCGCUCUUACUACACUGCAGACUGUAUACACUAUUGCUCAAUUUUAUGAUGGUUAAUCCCUUAAGUAAUUCAAGGAAGAAGUUGAUAUUAUAAGACAUGAGAGCAUUAAAUCUGUAUGAGUACAACCAUACUUGAAUGAUUCAAAUUACAAAAUAUUUAAUGGUCACAUUUUCUUAUAAAGUA